CAGCUCCUCGCACUGAGCACACCUCGGCUGAGCCCGGCACCCCACGCACACCUGCCGCUGCACCGCGCGCACACGCAUGGCCGCCCGCGAGACGCCGCCGUUCGCCGCCACCUGUUGCUCGUUGUUGGCGUUGCUGCUGCUGGCGGCGGCAACGGCGGCGAGUCCAGCGCAGCUGCUGGAAGCCGCCACUGAGGCGGCCGCCGCGCGGCCAGACACGACCGCCUCCCCUGACCAAGUCAGGCCCACGGCAGCGGCCGCCACCACCAACCAGUCGACCCACCGACCGACCAUCUCGCCCGCUCCGACUAGCCCACCUACGGCAGCUGAGACGCCCAGACGCCAGUCGGCUCCAGUGGUCCAGGAAGGUGGGCCUGGUUCUCACAACGCGAUACCUACGCCAGGGCGCGACCGCGUCGAAACAUCGAGCUCGGCCUCAACGAUCAACACGACGACGUCCUACGUGAUGUGGACGCCUCCCAUACAGCUACAGGCUGUAAAUACGACUUCAGUAGCCUUACCAUCGCAAGCGCCUCCAGCCGAAUCAAAAGACACGUGCGUGCCGCUGUCCGCGGACCUCUCGCACGUCGAGCUGGUGCGCCGGCUCACCGACUCGUGCCGCUACGACCGCCUGAUGCGACCCGGCAACGUCUCGCGACCGCUCGACGUCUUCGUGCGCGCGCACGUCUUCCUCUUCCAGUCCGCCGAGGGCCAGACCCUGCAAUUUCAGGCACAGCUGCUGCUGCAGCUGCGGUACAUGGACGUGCGGCUGGCCUACGGUAUGCUGAUGGGUCCUGCGGUUGUACCAGAAGUGGUUGGUGAGUCAGAGAUGCUCACCCGCGUCUGGGUGCCGCACCUCUUCCUCGGCAAUGAGCAGAGCUCCUCCAUCAUGGGCACUGAUUCCUCCAAGGACGUGCUGCUCUCCAUAUACCCAGAUGGCAAUGUCGUCUUCUCACAAAGGUUAAAAGCUGUUGUUUACUGUUGGAUGAAACUUGAGAAAUUUCCAUUUGAUCAACAGAGAUGCAGCAUUUCUCUAGAGAGUUGGACCUACAACACAAGUCAGCUGGUCUUACAAUGGGAAAGAGAAAUGCCUGUUACCAUGAACCCAUCUUUGCAUCUUACUGAGUACUCUCUUAAUGAUAUGUGGACAAAUGAGUCUGAAGUUACAUACACUAACCCAGGAUUCACUCAUGGGCCAUUCCAUGGUAACUACAGCACAGUGAGCAUCACUUUUGAACUGCAGCGAGAGAUUGGCUUUUAUAUGAUGGAUUACUAUGUGCCUAGCAUGCUCCUUGUGAUGAUAUCUUGGGUGUCCUUCUGGCUUGAAGCAAAUGCAGUCCCAGGAAGAACAACACUUGGUACAAGCACUAUGCUAACAUUCAUUACACUGUCAUCAAAAACCAGCAGUCAGCUGCCCAAGGUGUCUUACAUAAAGGCCAGUGAAAUCUGGUUUCUUGGGUGCACAGCAUUCAUUUUUGGGUCACUGGUUGAGUUUGCAUUUGUCAACACCAUAUGGAGAAGAAGGCAUGAUGUAGAGCUAAAGAAGGUAAAUAGCAAAUACAUUCUUAAGUCAACCUUGACACCAAGGACAGCACGGCGCCAGCUGGGCCUGCAGCAGAAUGACAGGAAGGAUGGACAGCCUUUAGGGCGGUCAUCUUCUUGCCCAUCUGGCAUGGACUCACAACGUUCUAGUAUACCUUCUCUCAACUCUGCACAGACUGUAUCCAGCUUGCUUGAUGUUCCCAAUCCCACUGGAAAUGGUGAUGGGAACUGUGUGAUCAGUCUCCCAGUGCCUUCAAGCAACCAGACAUCACAAUCACAACCAGCAUCUUUCACAACAAUGACACCUAAGGAGAUAUCUCAAUGGAUAGACAAACGAAGUCGAAUCGUGUUUCCCAUUGCAUUUCUUAUAUUCAAUCUAUUUUAUUGGUCUUUUGUAUGGAUUUUCUGAAAAUCCAUCAACACAGAUUUUAAGCCUUGCUGGCAGUUGCCACAAAAGUGAAGACAUAUUGAAUUUGUUCAUAUACAAUAAAAAGAUGCACAAAAACUUGCCACUGCAUCUGAAAGAACUGUGAUGUGUAAACAUUUUAGUGCAAGUUGUGGAUUUGCUUGCAGGUAUCAGUGCCUAACCGACAUUAAGGUUCCAAGUGACUACAGAAGCAACAAAUAAUAGUUGUACUUAUAUGUCUUAGAAAAUCCAAAAUAUGAUUGAGUAUCAAGCUGGCCUGAUGCAAUAAAAUGUGUAUGCUCUUGGUUUCAUUAAGAAAUCAUGCUCAGUUGAGCAGGCCAAUGAAGAUUUAAUAUUUAAUUACAUCUCAGAAAGCAUUAUGUGAGUGUAAGUGCCAAAAAAUCUCAUUGUAAAUACUUUGUGUCAGAAGACUGGUAUUAUUUAUGUAUGCCUAUAUUUAAAUUUUGUUGAAGAAAUUAACUAAUAACAUUUUAGUAAGUAAGGCUGUUUUAUAUGUAAAAUAUAUUUGUAUAUAAAUCUCUCAUCAUGACUCAUUUAAGAAUAAUGAAAUGAAUGUUUAAAGAAUGUUUGUGGAUAUACUGCAUAGUACAAAUCAUAAAGCAAAGGAACAUGUCACACAAGUGCUAUGUAAGUAGUGUCUGUGACUGAAUUCUGGCUAAUGAGGAAGCUCAGCAUGAAAGUUCUUUUUUAUUUCAGUAGGACUAUAAUAAAUUUGAAAUUGUUUGGAGUGAUUGGCCUGUGUAACAACAGCAAUUUUUAAAAAUAUUUUCCUUCUGUACCUGUGUGUAAGAAGACAUAUAGGAGAAUCUGUAAAAUAUUAAAUAAAAGUACAAAUACUUUUGCCUGAAUUUGGUAUGGUUUGCAAUUCACAGCAAUUUCUUAAAGUCAUGGAUCGCAUUGUAGUAAAAUAAUUAUAAUUACAAUAUGCAGAAAUCUGGUUCUUCAGGUAUGUAACAGCUUCUGCAUCACAUUCCAAAUCAUAAUAAAAUGAUUUAAUGCAGCUUCCUCCAUUUCUGUUAACAUAUUUAAUGUAUUAAGCACUUUUAUGUUGUACUUAAUCUUAUUUGGAAUGUAUGUCGGAGUGUGACUAUGCAACUGAUUCACUGUAGUAAGUGAAACUUUUUAAGCUAUGCACACAAAUAAAACUUCAGGACUAAAAGAA